CCCAAGUUGACUGUUAAGCGCAAAGAGAGUUAGGUGCCAAGGUUGUCGAAUGAUCUUAUAACCAACCACUAUUAUCGCACGAUUUAUAAAUCAGCUUUCAUUCUUCUCAAUUUCACAUGCAAACAAAACAAUGGCCCCGGCAACAUUGACCUCACUCGCACAAGAGAAAACCCUACAAUCACAAUUCAUACGAGAUGAAGAUGAACGCCCAAAGGUGGCAUAUAAUCAGUUCAGCAAUGAAAUUCCGGUGAUAUCGCUCGCCGGAAUUGAUGAUGAAGGCGGCAAGAGAUCGGAGAUAUGCAAAAAAAUUGUUGAAGCAUGUGAGGAUUGGGGUAUUUUCCAGGUGGUUGAUCAUGGUGUUGAUACUAAUCUUAUUUCUGAUAUGACUUGUUUGGCUCGCGAGUUUUUUGAUUUGCCGGAGAAAGAGAAGCUCCGGUUCGACAUGUCCGGUGGGAAGAAAGGCGGUUUCAUUGUCUCUAGUCACCUUCAGGGAGAAGCAAUCAAGGACUGGAGGGAAAUUGUAACAUAUUUUUCAUACCCGACCAGGGCCCGAGACUAUUCAAGGUGGCCUGAUAAACCCGAAAAAUGGAGGCCUGUGACGGCGGAGUAUAGCGACAAGUUGAUGAAUUUAGGGUGCAAACUGCUUGAAGUUUUGUCUGAGGCAAUGGGGCUGGAAAAGGAUGCUCUCACCAAAGCUUGUGUUGACAUGGACCAGAAAGUGGUUGUGAAUUUCUAUCCAAAAUGCCCACAGCCCGACAUCACACUUGGGUUAAAGCGGCACACAGAUCCCGGGACUAUUACUCUAUUGCUACAGGACCAGGUUGGUGGGCUGCAGGCCACCAAGGAUGGUGGCAAGACAUGGAUCACCGUUCAGCCCGUGGAGGGAGCCUUUGUGGUCAAUCUUGGGGACCAUGGUCAUUAUCUAAGCAAUGGGAGGUUCAAGAAUGCUGAUCAUCAAGCAGUAGUGAACUCAAACUGCAGCAGAUUAUCAAUAGCAACUUUCCAGAAUCCAGCUCCACCGGCUAUAGUGUACCCACUGAAGAUCAGGGAGGGCGAAAAAUCUGUGAUGGAAGAGCCCAUCACGUUCGCAGAAAUGUAUAAGAGGAAAAUGAGUAAAGAUCUUGAGCUUGCAAGGCUGAAAAAAUUGGCUAAGGACAAACAAAUUCAAGAACAGGAACUGGAGAAAAGUAACAAGCAGCUGGGAACUGAACCAAAGGAUCUUGAGGAUAUUCUUGCUUGAUCAAAGAUUUUCUUUUAAAUUCAAAAUAUUGGUUGCAGAAAUAAUAGUAUGGAAUUAGAUGUGAAGUCAUGAGUUUGUGUGAUUUAUUUUACAGAGAUUAUGUCUAUUUGUCUAUUAAAGAUCAUGAUUAUAUUUGUCGAAUAAGUGUAUCAAAUAUAUGAGAGGGGGGAACGGUUCCCUUUCCUUGAUUGUUAUUUAUAAAUAGAUAGUUGGUCGAAUAAA